AUGAGUUCCGAAGACCAAAACACACUUCUUAAUCAAAUAAGUCAGUUAGCAGGAAGAUGGUUGACAUCGAUCGGCCUAGGUCAGAUCAAUCGAUACAAAAACGGCCAGAUCCACAACGAGCAAAUCCCCACGCCUCAUUCUAAGCCUUAUAGAGGCCACCUUCAAUCAAGUGUAUCAUGGCGUCCCCAGCGCGGUAGCCAUUCAAGAGGUGGUGGUCUGAACAAGCCAGGACAAGCCUAUCGCAAUCGAUCCCUUGUACUUACAGGCAAUAACUUAGUAAAUCCAAAAACUUCAGAGGCAGAUCAAAGUCUCGAAAAUGUUGUUACUCCAAGUGCAGGAGUGAAUUGGGUUUCCAAGACAGACCGUCACCGACAACUUAUUAACGCGUCGAUAUUCAGCAAAGCAGCACAAAAUCGCACGAAAGCUAUGGAAGAGACAAGAAAACAAAAAUUGAAGCAAAGACAAGAGCGCGAAAAGUCUAGGCUUCAAAAGUAUCUUCAAAGAGAAGACCCAAGUAAUAUUUACGGUUCUUCCACUAGAGUAGUUCAAGGUGUAGGUAAUCAUGAAGUUAACGUGCAGGGUAUUCGAUUUCUCGUAGCAAAGAACGGUAGCAAACUUAUUAAAAUUCCUGACUUACACUUGCCAGGUGAUAUCAACUUGGCAAAAUCAACCCCUAAGGUUGCCAGUGUUGGCCCAGUCAAAUUUUACCGAAGCAAAAAUGGAAAUAUGUAUCGGUCUGGUAUUAUUAAGGCUCAUCGGGCGACUGGUAUAGUCAAAAAAAUUGAUGAACCGUGCAAAAUAUUUACUACUACGGGUACUCUAAUCUUUUCAAUAUCUACAGGAAUAUUUUUCAGAGUGAUGGCGCAAGGUUCCUGUCCUAAAGGUCCGAGAUGUCGCUACAUCCAUGAUCCCUCUAAAGUGGCCGUAUGCAAAGAGUUUCUCUUAAAGGGUUCCUGUGCAAGUGGAGAAUCCUGUGAUUUGUCUCAUGAGCUGACACCAGAGAGAACACCCUCGUGCCUGCACUUUACCAGAGGAAAUUGUGCCAAUCCGAACUGUCGCUAUAUCCACGUACGAGUUUCCCCAUUAGCGCUAGUUUGUCGACCUUUUGGAUUAAAUGGGUAUUGCGAUAAAGGCUCUACCUGCACAGAACGCCAUAUCCACGAGUGUCCUGACUUCAGCAACACAGGUACAUGUAACAACCGUGGUUGUAAGCUUCUCCAUAGAGAGAAGGCGAGUGUCAUGCGCAACCGAGCUUCACGUAGUAACGGCGAAGAUAUUGAUGCUCCUACCAGUGAUGUAUCGAGCGAUGAGGAGGAAAUUGAUAGCGAUGACGUUGAUUCAGAUGAUCUUGAAGAGUUCUUUGGUGAUGAUGACGGGGAAUCGGACACUGACAUUCCUAUGCAACAGGACUUUGUCAAUCUGUCAUGA